AUGACUGCUCAAGCUCAACGCACCCAUCCCCUUCACGCUUUAAGCGAGAAGGAGAUGCUUCAAGCUGCGGAUUUAGUAAGAGCACUCGUCAAGGCGAAGUCUGAUGGCAAGGAAGAGGUCAGGUUCAAACACACAACGCUCUACGAACCUCCCAAGUCCUUACUGCUUCCAUACUUGGAUGCUGAGAGCGAAGGUGUCCCUAUCUCUGCCCGGCCAUUCGUACCUAGAUGUGCUCAGGUCAUCUAUACCUUCCCUGGCAAGCCAGGUUUCACCGAAAGCAUCGUCAGUCUAGACACUGGGACCGAGGUCAAAUCGACCUUAUCCAAGCCUGGAGAUCAUGCCGGCUUCGACAGAGACGAGGUCAUCGCGUUCAACUAUGCCAUUCUAUCUCACCCUGAGGUCCUGGCAGCUAUCGAAAAGUUAGGUCUGGACCCCAACGUGACGGUUCAAUGCGACACUUGGCCAUUCGGCGCUGACAAAGACUCUUCAUUGGAGACCCCGAGGCUGGUUCAGGCUAUGCUUUACGCCCGCGCCCCGCAUAACCACCCGGAGAGUAACAUGUACUCUUACCCACUUCCCAUUUCUCCUGUCAUUGACUCCGUUGAUCUGAAACUUGUUCGAAUCGACCCUCUGCCAACAGGCGGCAAGGAGGACGGAGCAGCAAUCUCAACGGCACCAAAGGCUCCCCUUGCUCAUUGCACUGAGAACGAAUAUCACCCGGAUCUUCUGAGCGUCAACCUUCGGGACGACCUCAAGCCCCUUGUCAUUCAACAGCCUGAAGGACCCAGCUAUAAAGUCCAAGAUGGGAACUCUGUAUCUUGGCAGAAAUGGCGAUUUCGCAUUGGCUUCAACUGGCGAGAGGGCAUGACCAUUCAUGAUGUCAGGUAUGACGGGCGAAAGGUCUUCUAUCGCUUGAGCAUGAGUGAGAUGACGGUACCAUAUGGAGACCCUAGAUACCCAUAUCAUCGCCGACAAGCCUUUGAUCUCGGCGAUGCAGGUGCAGGACUGACAGCUAAUAACCUGAAGCUCGGUUGUGAUUGCUUGGGGCAUAUCAGCUAUUUUGAUGCGUUGCUCACAGCUUCUGACGGAAAGCCCUACGAGGCAUCUAACGUGAUUUGUCUGCACGAACAGGACGCUGGCAUCGGAUGGAAGCAUACUAAUGCCAGGACUGACGUCGCUGCCGUUACCCGAGCGCGAACUCUCGUGGUCCAGAGCAUCAUUACCGUCGGAAACUAUGAGUACGCAUUUUCCUGGCACUUCUGGCAAAACGGAACUAUCGAGUUCGAGACGAGGGCCACUGGAAUCCUUGCAACAAGUCUAAUCGCUGAGGGAAAGACGAGCCACUGGGGCAAUGUCGUUUCUCCCGGUGUUCUAGCCGCUAAUCACCAGCACCUCUUCAGCCUCCGCAUUGACCCAAUGAUUGAUGGUGUUGAGAAUACAGUCAUACAGGAAGACUCGAUUGGCUUGCCCAUAUCAGAGGAGAACCCCUACGGCAAUGCCUGGAAGCUGCACAAGACCUUUGUCGAAAAGAGCUGUGCCUUGGAUGCCGAUCCGCAGAAGAACCGAGUAUUCAAGAUCGUCAACGAGAAGAAAUUGAACCCCAUAUCCAAGAACCCAGUCGGCUUCAAGGUAGUAGCGCCACCAGCACAGCUCCUCAUGGCUGAUCAGGCCUCCCUUGUUCGCAAGCGUGCUCGCUUUGCAGAGCACCAUAUCUGGGUAACACGAUACAAGGACGACGAUCUGUGGGCGGGAGGCAAGUGGACCAACCAGAGCAUGAUAGAAAAGGACGGUGUGGCGGAUUAUGCGGCGCGGAACGAUAAUGUCCGAGGAGAGGAUCUGGUCGUGUGGGCGACCUAUGGACUCACGCACAAUCCGCGAGUUGAGGAUUACCCGGUUAUGCCUGCUGAGGCAAUCACGGUUGCGCUGAAGCCUGCAGACUUUUUUGAUCGCAAUCCAGCUCUUGACGUACCCCCUAGCACCCAGGCCGUCAACAAGAGUGUGCUAGUUCCCGCGAACGGCGCUAGCGAGGGGAACGAACAAGAAGUUUGCUGUCGAUGA